CUCACCGACGAUCACUUUUCACCCUGGUCUGCUUUCAAUCUAAUGCAGAGGAAGCAUGAUUACACGUAUGGCGUGACAGUGGACGUCAUUGGACAGACAAAAGUGAAUGGGCCAAACUAUUUAAACGAAAGUCUGGCAAAUUCGGUGUUGUAUCGUCAGUUGGAGAAAGGCCUAGCCCCCGGAGUGGCGAAAUUUCUCCCCGACCGAGUGCACUUUUCUCGAGCUACCAUGGGAGCGCAGCGCUUGUAUCGUCGAGAUAUUCCGUACGACGAUGUGAGACGAAUCUACACCUUCCAUCAUAAACCGGACCAUUUCAUGAUGUGUUUUGAAGGGGAGAACGAAGGAUGUCGGAUGUACCAGACCUUCCGAACCCAGAACAACGCUGACCUAAAUACUAUCAAAGGUAUGAUUUACGGAGUUCAAGGACGAUACAACCGGUCGUUUGAGCGGGACCACGACUAUUUGGACGCUCAUGCAACCAAUGUGGUUUUCAGUACUGAGCCACCGCGUCCAGCCGUAGUGAUCGAGCAGCCGCACUACAACUACAUGGCUUCAGCGAGGACACCGUCACCACUUUAUGUGGAACGUGUGACUACUGUUCGGGAACAAACUCCAUCUCCGGUUUAUGUACGACGAAAGUCCACCAUCCGAAAUAAUGUACCACCUCCUCCGACACCAGCCCCUACAGUCGUACAAACGCAAACAACCUAUGCAAGAUCCGCUCAAACGUUCGCCAACGAACCGGAUCCAGAUCCCGUCAUCUUGCGAAGAGUUGACAGGCCACUAGAGACAGUAACACAGGAGGCAUACCUGGAUCACCCGCCAUCUCCAGUAGUGGUCCGACGCACCGUCGGUCGUCCGGCUUCGCUGAUUUUCGUGGACGAUGCACCGGCACAUGAAGAAACAGUUUACCUUGAGCGGGAACCAUCUCCAGUCGUCCACCACUACGGUACUCAACUGCUUGAACCGCCACAACUCCCAACGACGUCCACAUACGUGUACACCGGCUCGCCCCAUGUGCAUUUCAAAGAGACAGUAACCGAACCGUUCAUGGUGCAGCAUGUGGAGCAACCGCCUCCAAUCAUCAAGUCGCAAUACGGUGAACGCGUGACCACUUAUGAAGGUUGCGAACCGGUUCUUUCGCGUCGAGGUUCCACAAGAACCUAUCCCGUUGAAAUGGGUUACGGUCAACCAGAAGUGGACACCAUGACGUUACGACGCGUCCCUAGAUUCAGCCCACGAAGAGGUUGAAGAUCUUGCUUGGAGGCGCCACAUCACUUUAGUUAUGAAAAACCACUGGAAGGGAAUUACAAGUUUACUGACGCGCCAUGAAACACACAUGUCACUUUCUUCUUUAUGUUAUGUUACGAUAGUAAGUUCAUGGAAGUUCACUGGCUUCUGUACACAUAAACCUAUCAGUCAUUUUUUAUUGAUUCACCC